CAGAGUAAAAUCCAGUGAUCCAGUCAUAUCCGAGGCGGCGUGUGGCGACGUGCGCAGAGACAGAGUGUCGGUCCCGCUUUGCCCGGCUCGUUAUAAGCAGAAACGCAGUUUCUAGAGUGGCUCGCUGCUGGAACGACGUUGCAGGAGGCUCCUGUUACCCGGAGUGAAGGAACGCUAUCCGGUUCGAGCCGCCAAGGGGAACCCACCGAGAAGUGCCGCGCACUACCAAAAGCUAACAACAUGGCGACCGCUAUAGACGACAGACAGGAACUCCUCGAACAAUUUCAAGCGAUCGAUCAAAAUGGCGAUGGUUUCAUUGACUUGGCUGAGCUUAGAACAGCGUUGGCCGUAUGCGGAUUCAAAAUGCCCGGCUACAAAGUUCGCCAAAUGAUUGAAGAGUACGACGACAAGGAGAGACUGGAGCAUAAGGGACGAUUGUCUUUUGAGGAGUUUGAGAAAUUAUGCAAAGAGCUGAAAGCUAACGAGCUUGGGUCUACUUUCAAACAAGUUGUAUCUAAGAAAGAGAAUUUGGAAACUCUCGGCGGUAUUUCUGACGCUUCGAGCGAGGGAACGACCCAUUCAGUAAGGCUGGAAGAACAGCUGGCCUUCAGCGACUGGGUAAAUACAAACUUGGGCUACGAUCCGGACCUUAAACAUCUCCUGCCGAUUGAUCCAGAAGGAAAAACCCUCUACGAUAAGGUCAAGGAUGGAAUACUCUUGUGUAAAAUUAUAAACCAUUCCUGCCCGGACACGAUCGACGAAAGGACUAUAAACAAGAAGAAUUUGACCCUCUACACGAAGCAUGAGAACCUGACGCUAGCUCUAUCAUCGGCCCAAGCAAUUGGUUGCAACAUAAUAAACAUUGACGCACACGAUUUGACGAAAGGAUCACCUCACCUAGUCCUCGGACUCUUGUGGCAGAUAAUCAGAAUCGGAUUAUUCAAUCAAAUAACCCUUGAGAACUGUCCAGGUUUGACAACGCUGCUGCAGGACGGAGAGCGGAUCGAGGACCUACUGAAGUUGUCGCCUGAGGCGAUACUUCUGCGAUGGGUGAACCAUCACCUCCAGAAUGCCGGAAUAGCGAGAAGGUGCAACAACUUCCAGUCGGACAUCACCGAUUCGGAGAUCUACUCGCAUCUGAUAAAGCAAAUAGCUCCGGCAGACGCUGACGUGACUCUGGAGGCUCUGAUGGAACCGAACCACAGCACAAGGGCGGAGAUAAUGCUGCAGCAGGCCGCGAAACUUGGUUGUAGAAGUUUCGUCACCCCGAGCGACGUCGUCAACGGCAUUUACAAGCUCAACUUGGCCUUCGUUGCGAAUCUGUUCAACAACCAUCCUGGCCUGGACAACCCUGAGACCGUGAUCGAAGGACUGGAAUCACUGGAGGAAACAAGGGAGGAAAAAACGUAUAGAAAUUGGAUGAACUCGCUGGGCAUUUCGCCCCAUGUGAAUUGGCUGUACUCCGACUUAGCCGACGGUCUGGUGAUAUUCCAACUCUACGACAUUAUCAAGCCCGGCACGGUCAGUUGGAACAAGGUUCACAAGAAGUUCACCAAGCUCAGAAAAUUCAUGGAGAAGCUGGAGAACUGCAACUACGCUGUCGACCUUGGUAAACAGAUGAACUUCUCGCUUGUCGGUAUUGCCGGGCAGGACAUUAACGACGGCAACGCGACUCUGACGCUGGCUUUGAUAUGGCAGCUGAUGAGGUCUUACACUCUAUCGAUCCUUGCCUCGUUGGCCGGGAACCAGGGCAGUCCGAUUGUUGAGAAAUCGAUCGUUCAGUGGGUCAACUCGAAGCUUCAAGCCGCGGGGAAGAGCAGCAGCAUUAAGAGUUUUCAGGACUACAGCAUAUCCGACGCGAAGGUUGUUAUCGACCUGAUCGACACGAUAAAACCGGGGAUCAUAAACUACGAGCUGGUAAAGGAGGGCGGCACCGAGCAGGAGAACCUGGACAACGCAAAGUACGCGAUAUCCAUGGCCCGUAAAAUUGGGGCGAGGGUUUACGCCCUGCCCGAAGACAUCACGGAAGUUAAACCAAAAAUGGUGAUGACAGUUUUUGCCUGCCUAAUGGCCUUGGACUACGUACCAAACAUGGCCUCCGUCAAGGCGAACAACGGCGACGUUAUCAUCCAGUAACGAAGCGGGGUUUUUUUUUUCAACACCGCGUAUGUUAUCUUGUACACAUCAAACCAUCCCUGGAGCAACGCCGCCGCCUCCCGCAUGGCUUGUUGCUACUAAACGUAAAAAUUGUACAUACGAUAUUAUUAUAUAUUUAGGAUAAUUUAAUUAUCGUUAUCAAGAUGAGAGGCGAACACGCAAAUCGGGUUUGUCACAUAUUCUCUAUCGCGUCAGCAUGACAUCGUGUGUUUCGAAAAUGUAAAAUUGUAUAACAAGAAGGAAAAGAAAAAACGUGCAAGAGUAUCUCGUAGCGAAAAAUUAGUCACAAGAUAUUUUGUUGCGAAAAUUUUUCAUCUAAAGAAUAAUAACAAUAGGUAUUGCUCUUGUAACAAUAUUCGGGAUAUUUCUUGCCUCGUUGCAAUGCUUCGCAGUGUACAGUGUUUCACGUUUUAGUAAUGCUACACUGUGCGGCGACAGCAUCGUAGUAUACGUGUUAAACUUUUACAACGGGUUUGUACACCUGAGGAAAGUCGAGUUUCACUGGACCUUAAUGGGCGAAAUGUUUGUGCCCACAUUAUGAUAAUCAUGUUCCUCCAGAAUUCAAUAGUAGGCUAUAUUUAUAUACACAAUUUCCAAUUUUGUACUGCUGCAUAUUACUAAAUCUAUAAUAAUAAUAGAUUAGGGCUGGCAGUUGAAGAAUUUAAAAUAACCCUAUACUAAAGACCAGAAUUCGAAUAAUUGUACAAUCAAUGUCAUUCUGAAACCUGCACUUAUUGCAUGUUACCUCUCUGUUUCACAGUCAGUUUAAAUGAAAACGAAUACUUUAAUAUACACAUAUUGGUUCUUACUUUGAAAUCGAAUUUCAUCGCUACUUACUUUGAUAUACCAAUACGUUAAUACAUAAUAUCAUAAUAUUAAUAUUAAAAAGAAAACAUUUAUUGUAAAAAUGUUACAAUGGUAAUUAAUUAAUUCACACGUAAAUAUGAAUUUGAUAUCCAUAUAUUUGUAUGAUGAACGUGAGAGUGUCGCGACAAAUUACAAUAUUCAUCAAUUUAUGGAUGUUUAUAGAUCAAUUUUUGUCAUAUGAAAACAUCUUUCUUGUUUUCUAUUUAAUCAGCGAGACGUGCAUUGCUGAUAUACAUUCCAAAAGUCACUUCCCAGACACAGUCGCGAAAAUUUUUUGCCUUAUCAAUUGAACGGGAAUUAAACAAAAAAUUGAACCAAAUUUUUCAUUUUUCACAGUAAUUUGUAUGUACUGCUGUUUUCUAUUGUAUUUUUUUUCCUUUUCUUUCUUUGUGUUCGUUCUAUCAUAGGAAAUAUAACGUCGGCGGACGUGGAUACAGACAAGAAAUAGCCCCCCACCGCCCCCAGUCGUUCCUUCUGUGAUUGACAAUGAAAUGACAAAAGAGAACAAUGUAUAUGUACAGCCUCUUUAGUACGAUAUGGUUGGAGUUAAGGUUACAACAUCAAAUUUUUUCAAGAAUUCAAUUCUUCAUUAAUCAACAUACUAUUUGUUAUUUAGCCAGGUUUGUCUAUCAAGAAUGUUUUUUUCUUCGUUCAUCAAAAUCCAGCGAUAUUUUUUUAAACUAAUAGGCUCUAAUGAUAUUAGAUGCCACAUAUGUCGUAUACGAGCUGUAGACGAAGGCCAUAUUUAAAAAGUGAGAGAUUUCUUGAGUCUUGGGCAUAUUGCAAUUUUGCUAUUUGAAAAUUAAGAGUUAAAAAGAAAAUUUUAUUAUAGUUUUGGCUAAAAAAUACAUUUUAGUCAUUUUUAGUCAAAUAUAAUGAUGUAUGCAUGCAUAACUAUUACAAUGAGAACGAGACGAUAAUCCACAACGUUUUGACUGCGACAAAACGAUUCUUAAUUAUUAAUUAUUCCAAUCAUUGUAAGUGAAUACAAUUCAAUUACGACCACGAUGCAGAAGCAUGAUUUGAUUUCGAUUAGAAUUCAUUAAAAUUAUUAAACCGGUGAUCUUGAGGAAGACUGGAAAGAUACAAUUAAGUAAUCCGUACGUCAAGAUCGCGAACCCUAAUAUAUUUCCCAAUGAGACAAUUGAACGGCGUCAUAAAUUGUUAUGAGUAAAUUAUUCAGACUGUGUGUCGAAGCCAAUGCUCGUCUCUUCGUAUGCCGAUAUAAAUAGUAGGUGUAAUUUAAUUGUAAUUUAAAUAAAGACAAAAUUAUCUAAAAAAAUA